AUGGCGAGUCCCUACCGUGCCUCUGUCAGCGCUGUUCAGGUUGGUCGCUACUUUGUUCAACAGUACUAUCCGGUUCUUUGUCAACGACCUCAUUUAGUUCAUCAUUUUUACACCGAUGAUAGUUCUAUGGUUCGGGUCGAUGGGAAUUCUAGCAAGACUGUUUCGGCAAAGCUGCAAAUUGAUGCACUUUUGAUGUCUAGAAAAUUUACCCGUAUUGUGGUCAAGACGAUAAAUUCUCUGGAAUCGUGGAAUGGAGGCGUCGUUGUGGUGGUUUCUGGUACUGUCAAAUCUCAGGAUUUCAGUGGCUUGAGGAUAUUUGUGCAGACUUUUUUUCUUGCUCCUCAGAAGGAAGGUUACUUUGUUAUUAACGAUAUCUUUCACUUUGUUACUGAGGAGGUGAUGUAUCCACCUCCUGUGAGCAUAGUAUCAGAAAACAAAGUUGAACCCCAAGCAAAUACUUCUAGUCUUCUUCCAGAUACACCAGAUUUCAACCGUGCAUUGGAGGUUGGGGCCAGAGAAUUUGAGGAGGAAACUAUUGUGGAAGAGCCAUCUAUUAGAGAGCCUCCAGCGAUUACUUAUGCCUCUAUAGUGAGAGCUCCUAAAGGAAAAUCUGUGCGAUCAGUCCCUGCUCAGCCAUCUUUUACUAAGAACAUGGACGUGGCAGGGAAAGGUUUAUCACGAGAAGAAGAAGGUGACCUCUUGGAAUUAUCUACGUCUGUUUGUGUAAAGAACCUGCCUUCUACCAUUCGUGCCCUUGAUAUUCUGCACGAGUUUAGUAACUUUGGGAGAAUAAAGCCUGAUGGGGUGUUUUUAAGGAACCGCAAGGAAAUUGGGGUUUGCUUUGCCUUUGUUGAGUUUGAAAGUGUCCAGAGUGCACAAAAUGCAAUCAAGGCAUCUCCCUUACAAUUGGCUGGAAGACGAGUCUAUGUUGAAGUGAGGAGAGCAAACGGCAGCAGUAGCAGUUCUCGUGGAGGGAGGGAAGAGGCAGAGGAAGGUAUUAAAAUGAGCCACUGCAAGGGUGAUAUGGUGCACAUACUUUUGACAGGGGAAGCAAUCAAGAUGGGGAUGACAACAGCAAACAAAGAGGCAAUGGAUUCUAGGGUUCGUAAUGACCCAAAGGGUCAUGACACACCAAGUAGAAGCAACUGGGCAUAA